AUGGCAAGUAGCACGGCCUCUCAAGAAGAUAAAAAACUGAACUCUCGAUUACUUCCCGAUGCUGUAUUUGAGAAAUUCAAUUCAUAUUCAUUCAUCUCAGAUCGUGAAUUUGCAAAGGGCCUUGCCAUUAUUCUCGGCCAUCCAGAUACCCCAGCAACAAGAGCUGAGAUCGAUCGCGAAGAUGACCUAGUUCUACAAGCAAAAUGCUUCUACUUUUCUCGCAAAGAAAAGCUCCCCUCUCCCCUCGAUUUCAAAGCGUACAAAGCUUGGCGGGACUCAGCAGCGUCAGGAGAUGAACUACUGAACCGCUGGGAAUCAAGUAAGAUCGUAUCACGACAAGCAAGUUCCACAAGUCCGCCCACGCCGUUAGUGCAGCCCGAUUCGGUGUCCGCAAACACAUCGCUUCCAGUCCAGGAGCCCGCAUAUCCAUCGUCCUUCGCCAGAAUUGUCGAGCUUAUAACGACUGGUCAGCCAAUUCCUGGUAUUCAGCAGAUACCCGACACCGUUUUGACAGGCCACGACACCCCCAGCGAGAAACCACGGAGACGAAAACCAUGGGAAAAGGAGAACGAAUCUUCAGAAAUACUGAAGCAGCAGCGUUGA